GUGUACGCGAAUGCAGCAUCUACAGAUUGAGGAGUCUCUGGUGGUGAAAAUGCAAAACUUUAAUUAAUUCAGAUCAUACUUUAACGCAAGAAUAAUGUAAAAUAAAAUGCCGUGCAUGAACAACAAACAUUCAAAUUUUUAAAUUAAAAAAUGUAUAUAAACAAAACACGAAAGAGUGAGUACAAAGCUGAAUAUAUACCUGCAGAGCGGCUUCUUGCAGGACAGUGUCGGGUCUGCUUCUUCUUCCUGCAGCAGUUGUCAUCAUCAGCACCAGAGCAACCACUGCUGGCACUCUCAUAAAAGAAACUCCACUGGACAACUGACUGUGUUUGAUUACACCAGAUUGUUACUUGGCAGUCCGCGUCUUUUACAAGGCUUCCCUUGAGUAAACCUCACGGAAACCUCUGUCUGUCAGUGUUACUGCGCUGCUCCUUAAUGCUGAACUGGACUCAUAAUGGAGCUGUCUUGUGAAUCAGUGAGAUACCCUGAGGAGAGAAGACCGGCCAGUUGCAAGUAUGUGGAGCUCCAUGUCUUGUAUGUGCCAGAUGACCAAUGGGAUGGGAAGCUCAAUAAAGUUCCUGCUGAGGCCAUAGAGAGCUUCAUAUCUGCAGGCUUCAUCAGAGUUUAUCCUGAUACCACCCUGAAAACUCUUAGGAGCGAGCUGGGAGCUCUUCUUGGCGCGGAGAGGAGCAUCGACAAAUUCUCCUUCCUGAAAUGUGUGGGCCGCAGUUUGGCACUGGUCAAGAGCAAACAAGAGAGGGAUCUGAAAGUGAAAACAUUCGCUCCACCGUAUGCCCCACAGCCGGAGCUUUACCUGCUGCCCACCGUGGAGAACGACAGCAGUGUUUGCUCCCAGUCUCUCUCCCCAGACACCAGCAGCAGCUCCCCAGACCACCAGACCUAUUACCACCCUCCCAAGACGUGCAGCCUGCCAGCAGGAACAAAAGAGCCUAUUAAAUUCCCUCUCAUCCCCCAGUGUUCCCAGCAGCCACCUCCCACCCCAGGCUUGGAAGAAGAGGAAGACGAGGAGGACGAGGAGGAUGAGGAGCAGAGCUAUGGUUCUUCAGAGGCAGAAGGAGAAAAUGAAGAGGAGGGUGGUUCUUCUGACAAGUUUGAGUGGGCAAAGCAGGAAUGUUGCCCAAGGCAGCCUCAGAAUCAAAGGGCACCACAGCCUGUUUCACAGAAUAAAGCUUCACAACGGCAUGAAGCUGAAUCAGCUCAGGUGAAGGAGUUGCCAGAGAGAGAGGAAACCUGCAGAAAGAAGAAACAACACCACAGAGAGAACCAAGCUGCCAGAGAUUCAGGAGUAGCGCAGUCUCUGGAGGACAGAGAUUCAAACUGCUCCCUCACAGACGGGCUUGGGAAAUCAAAAGAUGCACUGAAGUCCAUCAGGAACAAAGCAACAAGUGGAGUGAAAGAAAGUCCAGUUGUUUUGUCUCGGCCUGUUCGGUGCACCUCUCCUCCUCCACGUCUACACUUAGCCACGGUCGCUCAAAAAACAGCUUCCUCUCCCGUCUUUCACACAAAUAGAGAGGAACUGAUCGAGGAUAUCAAGCUGGUGAGGGAGGAGAGAAAGCAGCUUGAGUGGACGAGGCAAGAACUGCUUCGAAAGGGGAAAGAUUUGUUGGCUCAAAACAGACAUCGCAGGAACCAAGCACGUGACAGUUGGAAGAAGAAAUAUUUUGAAACCAAGAAGGCCACAGCACCUUUGGAGGAAAAUCUGAGAAACUUACGACAAGAGCUGGAGACGUUUUAUAACAAACUUUUGCACCAGCUCCAGGCCAGAGACAAUAGAGGGAAGCCAAGACGACAAGGCAGAUCUUCUGUAAAGAAUGAGCUCAUCAUUCAGAUCAUGACAGAGAGCCAUGAGAUUGACAACCUGAAGAGGAAGGUGGAGGACGCCAAGAUGAAGCUGGUAACGGAGAUAAAGUUGAGGAAACAGGCUGCCACAGAGCUGAGGGCCCUGAAGGCUGAGCUGGCCCAGAAGAAGAGUCAGUCCUCUCAUCCUGGUCCCACAGCCUCUAUAGGCUUUGGAAAUACCACACGGGACAAACCACAAAUUCAAAGCACCUCUACCUAACUCAGUGUAUACAGAGCCGUGAACUGAAGACUGUUUGGUCUCAGAUGGGUUUUGUUAUAUGUAUGUUUCAGGAGAGUAAUUAAAGUGGUAGUUUAGUCAUUGCAAAAUUAUUAAAAUGUUGAUUUGAUACAGGUUUAUACUUUCUACAUGGCUUACUAUUUAGUACCCAAGUUUUGUUACUUUUUUUGCAUUUUAUUUCU